AUGCUGCUGGGCAACAAGGCUGAUCUAGUGGACCAGAUGGCGGUUCUGACCGAAGAUGCUGUUGAGUUCGCGAAGGAGCAGCGCCUGUUCUUUGCCGAGACAUCUGCGCUUACUGGUGACAACGUGGAUAAGGCUUUUUUCGAGUUACUGGAAGAGAUUUACGCUGAGAUCUCUAAAAAUCCUUUGGAAUUUGGGAAUGGGAAAUCCAAUGGUCAUGCCACUGCUUUAAAAGGAUCAAAGAUUGAUGACAUCGCUGGUUCUGAUAUAGAAACAAGUGAGAUGAAGAACUUGUCAACAUGUUCUUGUUAA